AAUGCUAACAGAGAUCUGUGACAAGAUAACAGAGAGAGACAGAGACAGAGACAGAGAGAGAGAGAGACAGAGACAGAGACAGAGGGAGAGAGGUGGUGGCUGUGGUGUACCAUAUUGACAUGGUACAUUUGGGUGAGAAGGUGUUGCUGUCUGUUGACCGUCUUUGACAAGGUCAGCUGUCCGACACCGCAAAAUACUUUACUUUGAUGUUGACAGAUGGCCCUGCGUUAUGCAUUUGAUUGGAUUAUAACAGUCAAGACGUUAUCCCUGUGAAUCACAAGCAGCAGUUGCCAUGGCGCCGGUGGGAGAGGUCAUGGGGUCAUGGGCAGUGUCAGUGUCGAAAUCAUUCUCUCCAGAGGUCGUUGUUUUCUCUCUGCUCUUCCUCCUCCUCUCCAUCAUCCUCCUCGCCCUCUGCACUAUCUGUGGAAGGCAAUCCUUUGAGCUCCAGGACGGUGGUGGGCGGGUGGAGAGAACCCAGUCACAGCUGAUGAGAGUGGUGAGAGACAAAACAAGCAACAACAAUGACGACAGCUAUGUCCUGACCAGGGUUACACAGAAGUCAGUAAGAGAGGAGGUAAAGUUGGAGAACACCCUGGCCGCCAGGGAGAACCCCAUGAUCAGUGACAUCAGAAAAAACGAGAGAGAUUUCAGUCCCAUACCUGAAGACAGUGUCCCAGAGCAGCUUCCUGCUGAGCAGGAUGGCAUCAGGAUCAAACCCUGGAGGAGCCACAGGGUGGCGCCAGAUCAGCAAGGUGAUUCUCUAGGUGCCUUGCAGAUUUCCAACGGAACCCCUGUGGCCAUGACGACUAUAUCUCCUUCCCCUCCCACCACCGUCGACAUCGGUGACCUGAGGGAGGUCCUGAACUUCACACCCGAGCUCCACUCUAUACCAGCCCCUAUAUCCAUGGUGGAAGAUGACAGCAUCCUCGAGUCCGUACCCCCACCUGUCUAUUCAGGGGACACCCUGGACACCCCCAUCAUGAAUGUUCACCACACCCUGGUGCUGGAUGCCCCCAUCGUGGAUUCCCUCAACAUGGACAGCCUUGCAUCUGUGGAUGCCCCCAUUGUGAACAGCCUUGAACCUGUCGAUAUCCCCAUUGUGAAUGACACUGACCCCCUCAAUAUCCCCAUCGUGAACGACCUUGACCUCCUGGAGACCGCUGCAGAAUUCAGCUCCAACUUUAUCGUUCAGCUUGAAGAAGAGGGUCAGGUGGAGGUUGAGGACCAGGGGCAUUCCCUGGGGGUCCGACCCCAGCACACCUAUGAGAUCUUUGGGGAGCUCACACCUGAUGAACCCUCUGUGGAAGUGGACCUGACAACCCCAGGCUAUCAAACCAUAGCUGACCUGGUCCACGAAUCAACCACACAGCCUAACGAUGACUCACCCAUGGUCACAAUGCCAUCGGACCUGGCAAGCCCAGACUAUGAGACCAUAGCUGAACUGGUCCAGAAAUUGAGCGCAACCACACUGCCUGACAAUGAGCCAAUAAAAACUACAGGCACAGACCCGGGGGAAGAGCUUGACCUGACAAGCCCUCUCUCAUUGGUGGAGGAGGUAGAGGAUGGUUUGAGUGACAGGGGGUGGAAUCCAAUGUACGCCAGGGUGAGCAGGAAGCUUAGUAAGUGCCCUACCCCACCCCCUGUGCCUCCGCCAGAGGACGAGGAAGAGGAGGAAUCUUUACCUCCAUUACCGGAAAGAAGUGGAGAGAUGGAGGAAUCAUAGAAUAUCCCUUCAGACUUUUAAAAAGCACUGCAAAUGUGUGUUAUGUACUCAAUGCUAUUUGUAUUUAUAUGCAGUGCUUUCGGAAAGUAUUCAGACCCCUUGACUUUUUCAACAUUUUGUUACAUUACA